UAUCUUUUUCAGAGCAUGUAGCAGUCUGUUUGGUGCCAUAAAAUAUAACAUGAUACCUGGUCCUAGUUUUAAGAUUUUCAAUUCUUUCGAUAUAAGCAGGCCAGGGUGAGUGGCCCCUUAUUUUAACAACUACAGUUUCAUUAAGCUGGAACAUACUGUCUUAUACUUAAAAAGUUAUAUGGAAUCACAGUUUCUUUGAAUUAUUGAGUCUGAGGAGGUGACAGGCAGACAGACAGUUGCAACUAGUUCAGCAGUCUGCAGCGAGGUCACUGCCCAGCUUUGCCAUGUCUGCAUAUUUGAGGUGUGAUGAUAGAUGUGCUCAUCACUAACAUACUGUGUUAAUGAGGUCACAGUAUACAUACGGCUCUAUAAUGUUAGUGUGCUUAAUGUUAAAACGGGUUGGAUUGUCGUGAUAUCUUUUUUUUUAAUUACUUACUUGUGGAUAGUAAUCUCACUUGGAUUGGCCAAAGUCCAGGAAGACUAUGGCACUUGAGGAUGGCCAAGAACUAUCUGGAGUGCAGACUUCUCAUACGGAAUUUGACCAAUAAUCCUGAAUGUCAAAAGUUUAAUGGGUUAUGCUGUUAUGGGAGCUGUUGUAUCGUGGCCAGACACCAACGGGAACUCUGGGAAAACUGGUACUUCUGGUUCAUCGUCGCACUGGUGGCUUUCCUAGUCAUCACAUCGUUUGUUUCGUAUGUGGCUGGAUCAUGCAAACGCAAACGGCACCAUUUGAUCCGGAUCCGUAACACCUCCAGCAGUGCUGCCUCCGCCUCUCUGUCUCACUCCGGACUUGAGCUGGAUCCAGGAGGCAUCAUCCAGCCUCACCUUGCAUACAACAAGAAGUCCACCACCAGGGCCACUGCCAUCAUUGCCAACCCCGGGGACCUGAUGGUGGAGGAUUUCACUGGCCCUCUUUCUCCCCCAUAUCCCCCGGUACAACAGGUGACCAUAGUCCGGGGCUCUGCACCUCCACUGGGCUUCCGACAGACCAACCACUACACAGAGCUUGUGCUGCCCCCUGGCUUUGUUGACACACAAUAUGCCAAGAGAUAACAGUUUAGCACUGUUCUGAGCUUUAUAUUUUGGACUUGUUCGAACGGGAUGUUAAAUAUCCAGUUACAAAAUUCUCAGGUCUGCACUCGGACAAUGAUUCACUCAGCAAUAAUUUAAUGUUUAUAUUUAUAUUAUUUGUUGGAUGAAGUUCAUACGGGGUGUAAUCCUCCCAAUUUCACAGGUUUGUUGGAAGAUAACUUAGAACAAGGUAUGAAAAUUAUUAUUUUUUCCAAUACGUAAAAUAUUCAACUUAUGUACCUUUAACAUGUUCCAGUACCUGCGUUUAUAUCUCUUCAAAAAUAAAAUAAAAACAAAUUUGUUUGUGAAUAACACACUUAGCCAAUUUGGAAAUUUUUAAAAGAGAAUAAUUUAUGUGGAGCUUUAUAGACACAUAUUGUGCUUCUGUAUCAGCUGUUUUACCUCUCUUUUUAUAAUCUUAAUAGUUUUAGACCUUAUAAAGUUAUAUUUUAUAAUGUUUCAUAUUGUUGUUAAACUCAGUAGUUGUGAGUACAUAUUAAUUGGAUUAUAAACCCUAUUAAUUUAGCCGUAGAAGAUACUUGAACAAAUGAAUAAAGUAACAAAAAUAUACAGCUAUUUAAAGAUGUUAUUGUUUAUAGGGUGGAAA